CAAAAUACCUCCAAAUUAUCUCAGAUUUAUGUUAUUUUGUUCAGCAAGUGAUAUCAUUGUAACUAUAAGUUAGAUAAGCCAAAAUAAACAAUUUGAAAAUGAUCUCAAAAUGAUCGCUCCCACAUGGAGAUGGGAGAGCGUCAAAAUGGCUGCCGAUGAUCUGAGCGAAAGUUUUGAAAUUGAAAAAUUAAAAGGGGAAUUGGAGCAAGAGAAGCAAAUGAGGGAGAUGUUAUCACAGUCAAUGACAGAGCUACAACUGACAGUAGGAGAGCUGGAGAAGAGAUUUGACCAGAUCGAUAAUGAAGGCAACGAGUGGAAAACAAGAUUUGAGAUGCAGUCUGAGAUGAACCAUCAACUAGAGAAACAAAAUAUCACCUUGGAGACUAAAAUAGAUGAAACCAAGAACAACAUAGAGAACAUAAAGCAAGUAAAUAAGAGUCCCCGUGAUGUAUCUAAAAUUGAUGAUGACCAUGUGACACUUCAGAUGGUUAAGAACCUAGAAAAACAGCGAAACGAUCUAGCCAAUCAGCUGAGAGAUUUGGAAUGGAGGCUUGACCAGGAAUCAAAAGCGUACCAUAAAGCCCACGAUGAGCGGAAACAAUACCAAGUUGAAAUCUACAGUGCAAAGCAAGCAAUCGACAAACUACAGCAAAGACAGAGGGCAGCACUAGCAACAUCGCAACGUGAACUUGAUACCAAGUCUAAAACACCAAGGAACAUCCCAGCAGAUCAGAGGAUAAUUGAUCCUAAGAAGGGUCCAAUAAACAAAACAGCAGCUAUGAAAGUUCUACCAAAGAUAGACUCUGACAACAGCCCCCCUUAUAGGUGAAAAACCAUGGCAGGAGAGGCAAUUCAAAUUUUACAGAAAAAAAUAUUUUUUGGCGAAUUCAAUAUUCUCUUGGGGUUAAAUUUUGCCUCAUAUAUUUAGAUUUGCCUCACCUAUUUUUGGAUUGUGGAUCUCUGAUUG